AUGGACGCCGAGGAACCGCGGAGCUUCGGCCUUGAGCAAGGGGAAGAGCGGGAAGGAAAAGCGGGGGCGUCUCGGGGGAAACUGCUGGCCAAGAGACACGGCCGCUGCGGUGGUGGGCGGUGGCAGGGCGCAGGACAGCGAGAAAGGAAAGGAACGGAGAGCCACGCGCGGCCAAGGAACUCGCGCACUCACGCGCGCAUGACGGCCACGGCCGGAGCAGCAAGCCCCAACGCGGACCCGAGGAGCGCGGGCGUGCUCACUCGCGGGGACGGCCAGCGUCGGCGGGACGAGGCGAGACCGGCAAAAGUGGCUCGGGCGCGCACGGGUGAGGGGAAGAAAGAUGGGGCACCGCUGCAACACGCGUGCGCCAGCAGCAGGGCGACCCGGCGUGGACGACGGCAGGGCGCUGCGGUGGACUGA